GAAGCUUGGGGCUCGUUACUUCUUUACUCUUUCAUCAACAAAGGUUCCCUCUGGUUACUGCCUGUUUGGUCUUGCACAUUCUUCUUAGAUGUAGAUAGCAUAAAAAGAAAAUGCAGCAUCCGCCAAAACACUACCUCUUUACGGUUGUAGCAUUAACGUUGAUAUCCCAAUUCCUACCUGUGGUCUUUACUGCCAACCCUUGCCGCGGCAUCUGCGGCAGCAUUGCUAUAAACUACCCUUUUGGAGUCGACGAUGGUUGCGGUGCGCCGCAAUACAGGCAGAUGCUGAACUGCACCAACGACCUCUUCUUUAUAACCACUUCCGGGCGCUACAAGGUCCAAUCUAUUGACUACGAGAAGAGAACCAUGGUGGUGUACGAUCCGGCCAUGUCCACAUGCUCGAUACUACAACCCCACCAUGACUUUGUCAUGACGGAUAUCCAAGCUGUUAUUAUCCCGCCAACUUCAGACACGGUUUUCGCUCUCCUGAAUUGCUCCAUCGACUCCCCGGUACUGAACCACUACAAGAAUCUUUGCUUCAACUUCUCCGGUCAUUCCUGUGAUGAGCUUUACGGUGCGUGCAAUGCUUUCAGGAUUUUCCAUUCGCUGACAAACAGUUCUCCUCCGUGUUGCUUCACGGGGUAUGACACGGUGAAGUAUAUGAGCAUGAACAUCUUGGACUGCACGCAUUACACUACUGUCAUUAAUACUGAUAGUUUGAAGGGUGUUGGACCUCCGGAUUGGGUUUACGGGAUCAAACUGUCUUACUCAGUGCCGGACACUGGAUGCGAGCGCUGCACUCGAUCCGGUGGGGCUUGCGGCUACGAUACUGAGACUGGAGGGAUGAUGUGCCUCUGCUCUAGUUCUAUGAAUGCUACGAGAGAGUGCGCUGCAGGUAGCAUUGCAGAUCUAGGAGAAGGGAAAAAGCUUGCUUUAUGGACAAAUAUUCAUGCAUAUGCCUUGCUGCUGGGAGCAUUUGUUUACAUAAUCUUGUAAUGCUGCAGCCUUUUCUUCUCCUUCCUAAAGUUUUGUGUAGUGCUUGGAAGGCAAACCACUUGAAAAUUUCGAACCUAAUAGGUUCAAAACAGUCAAGAAUUUGAGUAGCUAGAUGCUUUUAUCGAAAUUUUGCAAUGUAAAGCGAUUGAUUAAAAGGAAUCUGUCAUGACCCUGAAACUCCCCUGCAUUCAAAUUCUAGCAA